AUGAAGUCGGAAAAAUUUGAUUUUGAUAUAGAAGAAGAGGAGAGGAGACAAAAGGAGAAACACUAUACCUGGGUAGAAAAUUGUAAAUACUAUAUUUUGGAAUACUGUCGUGAAGGAUCACUUCAUGGACUGAAAUAUCUUGGACAGAAUAGAACAUUUGCAGAAAAAAUAUGGUGGGCAAUCAGUAUGAUAAUUUCACUGUAUAUAUGUACCAAAUUGGUUCUGAACGCUUACAGUAAAUGGCAAAAUACGCCGGUGAUCGUCAGCUUUGCUACAAAAGACACACCCAAUUGGAGAAUACCUUUCCCAGCAGUAACUAUUUGUCCAGAAAUCAAGGCAGUUCCAAGUAAAUAUAAUUAUACACACUUUCUGGAUUUAAAGAUGAAAGGAGAAACAUUAAAUCCGAUAGAUGAACAAUACAAGGAUUUUCAUAGAGCAAAAUUAUCAAAUUGGACCAUUGAAAAUGGAUACUCACUUGACGAUGGUGCUAUAACUUAUCCUAGACGAGCCUUGUAUGCUGGUGCCAUUUUCUCGUUGGAAGGUGUUCUCACUGUAAAAGACGAAGACUUGGAUUAUUCGUGUGGAUCUUCUAUACAAGGAUUUAAGGUACCUUUUGAUUUAUAA